AGGCAGCGCGGCCCCUGGGGCUGCCCGCGGGGAAAGCGGCGGCGGCGGUGCCGCGGCGCUUCUUUCAGAAAAUCGCAUCUGCGAACGAGUGCCAGCCUGGUUCAGCACUCAGCUGCAUUCUGCAACUUUUCUUCCUCAGAUAGAUGUCAGGCUCUUGCCAAAGCCGGUUGCUCAGCGUUACUGUCACAUUUCUUCAUCGCUUCUUCAAAUGCCAUGACUCAGCAGCUACAGGAUGAAUUUGACAGUAGCGUGGAGAAUGCAGAAGCUUGGAUGAAGGCCAUCCAAGAGAGACUGAGGGUCAAUGACAACACCAAAGGACCUCGAUCUGCCCUAGAAGCCAGACUGAGAGAGACUGAGAAAAUACGUGCGCUGGAACCAGAAGGCAGUUUGAAAAUGGACUUGAUUCUGGUGAAGGCAGAUGCUGCUCUUCGCAGCAUYGGUGAGGAUAAGAAGCACGAGGUACUCUCUAAACUGAAAGACAUUAAAGCCUUGUGGGAAGAGACAGCCAUAUACAUUACUCACUGUCACAGCCGCAUCGAGUGGGUCUGGCUGCAUUGGAGYGAGUACCUGAAAGCCCAAGAUGAGUUUUACAUGUGGAUUCACAAUAUGAGGCUGACCUUGGAGCCCGACAUUGAGUUGCAGCUUGGCUUAAAGGAGAAGCAGUGGCAGCUGAGCCACGCCCAGGUUUUGCAGAAUGACGUCCUGAAUCAGUCAGUCCUGCUGGAAAGGCUGCUGGAGGAAGCUGCUUCCUUAUUCAGCAGGAUAGGUGACCCCAGUGUUGAUGAGGAUGCUCAGAAAAAAAUGAGGGUGGAAUAUGAAGGAAUCAGACAAGAAGCUCAGAACAGAGUGAAACUGCUGGAAACGAUAACCAAGGAACAUGAGCAGUACAGUGCUAAUGUCAAACAGUUUCAGUCGUGGCUGAAUGGUGUCACAGAGAGAUUAAACUGCUGCGUUGGAGAAGCAACCAAGUCUUCAGCAGAGGACAAGCUAAAGGCACUGAAGGAAAUUACCAAAGACAUUAGGAGUGGUGGAAGGAAAUGGAAGCACCUUGAAAAUCAGUGUGCAGAGGUGAUUCACAAUACCUCUCCACUUGGAGCUGCAAGAUUGAAGGAUGAGCUUGAAGAGCUAAGAAAAGCCUUGGAGAAGWUGAAACUGCUAAGUAGCGAGGAGGAGGAGAGAUUGCUCAAGAUCCAAGAGUCAGAAAGUGCCUACGAGUCCCAAGCCCGACAGUUGGAAGUAGACAUCCAGAAGCUGAGUAAAGAUCUACAGAGACUAGAAAAUGACCUGGACCCUGGAGAGGGGGAAAAGACUGAAGAUGAGUUUGUUACUCUGUGGAGAAAAUGCAAUGCCACAAGAGCAGCUCUGGCUGCUGAAGAGUCAAAGAUAGAGAGGCUGAAGGCUCAGCUCAAGGAACUGCUACGGUUUUCCCAAGAUGUGCAGCCAUACGCUGAGAGUGUUGUCUCUGCAAUACACCAGUAUCAAAGUGUUAGAGGCAAGACUUCUAAAAUGAGCACUGAUACAGAAACCCAGCUGAGGAGAUUCUUCCAAAAUCCCCUGCAGAGUUUUGAGCAGUGGAAGCCAUCAGUCCAGAUGCUCCUGGAGACUCCAGAGCCAGAGCUGGCUCACAUUGAGGCUGCUCUAGCUGAAAGUUCCCAGUUCAAAGAGAAGUUGAUGACAUUGCAGCUAAAGAAAGAUUUGCUAAACAACAUCCUAGGUGAGGAAAAAGCAGAGUCUUUCCUUCAAGAAGUAGCUGAAGCUUCAAAGGAGAGAGAAAUUCUACACAAAAGUCUGCUGCAAAGAAAGAGCAAACUCCAGAAUUUGAUAUUGCAGCAUAAGAACUUUGAUGCUGGUUUUGCACCUUUGCAGAAGAAAUUAUCUGCCAUCAAAGCCAAAUUAGAUCUAGAGAAGGAACCACGGCCUGACCUCUUGGGUAAAAAGACACAACUCCAGAGACUCCAGAUGAUCCAAGAUGAUUUGGCAGAGCUGGCAGUUCACAUGGAGGAGGUAGAGAAGCUUGUUCAAUCAAACACCACACACAGGCAUGAAAUGAACCAACUUUCCUCUGAGUCUCAGGCCCUGAAGAGAUCACUGGAGAUGAUGAUACAGCAGAGUGAAGACCAGGUUCAGAAGCAUUGGGCAUAUAAUGACAAAUUGUCUGACCUCCAGCAAUGGAUCUCAGUAACCAGGGAGAAGAUUGACUCCUGCCAGGAUGCUGAUGGAGAGCAGAACAUGGAGGGCAGGCUGGAAGACCUUGAGAGAUGGCUGGCUGAGUUUCCAGAUAAGGAGAUCCAGCUGCACCUUGUGGAAGCUCAUGGCCAGCUGGUCAUGGAGAAUUCUUCUCCAGAGGAGACAGCCCAUGUCCAGGCGGAGCUGGCUCAGCUGAAGGAAUCGUGGAAGUCACUGAAGGAGAUAGCAACUGGCCUCCUCAAAAAGUGGCAGUUGAACAGACCUGUGGCUGAUAAGAAGAAGAAAAGAGCGUUUGUGGACAGCAGAUGGAUAUCUAGACCUGCUCUCCACCUUUUUGAUGUAGAUCCCAACCAUAAGCAGGAGAAGAUGGGAGAAGGGCAAAGUACAAGCAGCCACUUGAAGCUCCUACAUGACUUCGAAGAGUGGCUACGGGGAGAAAACACCAAACUGACCAAAAUUCUUGCUGGGACUCGAUCUUCCACAGAGGAAAUUGAGGCACAGCAGAGCAAACUUGAGGAGCUGCAGUCUCGUGUGCCUGAUGGUCAGCGUCUCUUUGAGGACCUCCUUCAUCUCCAUCCUGUCAUUGGAAAUUCUGAAGAUCUGGAGGACCUGCGUUACCGAUGGAUGCUCUACAAAUCUAAACUGAGGGAGUCCGUGAGUUCACUGAGUGCUGGAUCUUUGGAGGAGCCAGACAGAUUCAGAAAGAGGCGCUCUGGAGGCGUGUGCUCGUACCUGCAUCGCGUGUGCUGGGCAGCCCUGCCCCUGCARCUGCUCCUGCUGCUCCUGCUGCUGCUGGCCUUCCUCCUGCCCCUGGCAGAACAGUCCCACAGCUGCACACUGACCAACAACUUCGCUCGCUCCUUCAAGCUGAUGCUGAGAUACGAGGGCCCACCUCCAACGUAACUGCUUGGCAUGGCACGAGGUGACUGUCAGAAGCACAGACUCUUUGUUUUUAAUGGCAACUAUUGUAGAUUUUAGGACUUCUAACAUGGCCAUCUUGUCAACUGGAUAGUUCACAUAAAUGCARCAUAAGAUUAAUCCACUUUAAUCAGGUAUUUGAGCAAAAUUAAUAUUUUUACAUUUUUUUAUUAUUGUAUUUAUAAUAUGUAUAUAGAGGUUGUGUAUGUGUAUGUAUAUACAUAUAUAUAUAAAUGCAUAUCUGUGGUCAAACUAACAUCUACCAUCCACUCAUCCUCUGUUUAAAGAUAAUUCUGCAAUGUUUCUGCCAUCUUUCAGCAAGCAAUACUGAAGGAUGCUUUUGUUGCAGAUGAUUUUUAAUAUCAGAUUCCUGUUUACAACUGAAGUCAGAGUGAGUAUGAGCACAAGUGGUCAUGCACCAGAGUGUAAACUGGAGAUCAGGCACAGCAGAAUCAUGUUUGAAUAGAGUGGUUGACAUUCAGCCCAAGGAAGAUUUGGACUAUUMUCUUUGAAAUCUUGAGCUUCUUUUUCAGUAUCUGGAUACAGGGAUUGCAGAAGUUAAUAGAAAUGUUUCUACUGACUUCAGUAGGAGUGGGGGUGGACCUCCUCUUGUUCUUAUUUUUUACCAGAUUUCUUUUCCAAUUACUGUAUUCUUCAGCCCACCUGAAUCAGGAGAGGUGGAAUACAGUAGGAGUAAAGCUAGGAAAAAAAAGAAUAUUUUUUUAGCAUCUCUCUAGCAGAACUUUUAAAAUCAGGUCAUAAUUUUCUGAACAAAUUUGUGAGCACUUGUACAAAACCUUGUAUCACCAAUCUUGUCUAUAAAAAGGAGUGGGGUGUUUUUGUUUUGUUUUGUUUUGUCUUGUUUUAUGGGGUGUUUGUGGUUUGAUUUGUUGGGKUUUUUUUUACUUUAUAAAGAGGUAUUUGGUAAUGGAUCAUAAAGCCUGAACACUGGCUCAGUGUCAGUGAAGCAAAAGUUGGAAGUACUUUAGUAAUACCACCCUGGAAACAAGAUUCCUACCUAGGAUGAUUUUAUAGUAAUGGUUUAUUGAAAUUAUGUAAACUGAUUGUUUCAAAGACAGUCAAGCAUAGAUUUCUAUGUAGUCUAAACUCCACAGUGAUGACAACUUGUCAUUUAUUUACCUAWGCCUCAUUUAUCAAGUUUUUGAAUGUACAUUUUAACAUUGCCUUUUAAUGUAAAAGCACUUCUCACUUCAGAACGAUGAAGCCAUUCUUAGUGGUGUUUUAUCUAAUUGAUUCCUGAGAGAAAAAGUAAUUUAGAACGAUUUGUGCUAUUUCUGAGAGCUAUCCCUUAUUGUUUCAUGUUUUUAGCCACAGUAGUAUUCAUGAAAAAAAAUUAACAGAAGAAACAGUUACUUUCCAUCUCCUGCAGUAGGAACUUACCUUCUGUGAAUCAGUAUGGGUAUUUGGUGUUGUUUUGCAAAUAAGGUCUAAAAUAAUAUUAAAUCUGUUGUGCAGGUAAAUUAUGUAGUAGCUGAGAGACUGAAGGAAAAAGUCACUUAUUUAACAAAAUCAUUAAAAUUUCAAAGAAGCAAACUUGGGUAAAAUUGGGAGGCACAGCAGCACGGAGCUCAAUUUAGRCACAGGAUUAGGAAGAACAGGCAGUGUGAAAGAGGAGCAGCCAAACACAGAGAGAUGACGUGUCCAUCAGUUUGUAAAGCCUUAGAAAAGGAGUCACAACACAGAGGACAACAGUACAGGCUCUGUGGAGGAAAAAAUCUCAGAAUCUUUUUGGUUCCCUCUCCCUGCUGCAGUUUUGGUACUAUUGCAUAUUAGACAGCUUUUCUUCAUUAAGGUUUAAACUGGGGCGAGUAACAGGGCUUCUGCCAGUGUUCAGAGGAGGCUCUUCUGCCACCAGGACUCUGUCACUGUGUUCCUAAUAAUGCUUCUGACUACACUGGGUUUGCUAGCAUUGGAUGAAAAUGCCAAAAUUUUGCUGAAAGUGUAAAGAGUGGAAUUAAAGGAGAGGCAACAGGGAUGAUGAAGGGAUCAGUCAAAGUGCAAGAGGAGCCUGAGCAGGAGUUGAGCUGAUGUGGGUUAAAAACCUGUCAGGAAUUAGCAGGAGAGCCCUCAGAGCAGGCAGAAGGCACUGGAAGCAGAAAGGUGAGGAGAGUUCGUGUAUAAGCAAAUGAGACAUUCACGUCAGGAAGCAAAGGAAGACCUGUGAUUUCUUUCAUGGAGAAGCCAGAUGGAGAGGAGCUAUACCUCUUCAGAGAAUGGGGCAAAUUAAUUCUUUCUUUGCAACCAUUCUUUCUGGUGGCAGAGAACAUUCCUCCUCCUCUCCUGAUGAGGUGUGCAAGUGCCAUGCACAUUCCUCUAAAAAUUGCUGCCAGCCCUGGGGGAAGAAACCCCUGUGGCUGCCCAGCAAGGAGUUAAUCAUCACACACAUCUCCAUGUCAAAUUAAAUCUUCCUUUAGAAAAAGUGUAGGAGUGGAGGGGCAAUAACAAAACUUGUUCUGUGUGGUUGUGGAUUUGUGUAGGUGCRCACACACUUCUGUGAUGUAGCUACAUUGCACUUCUCAGAGUUUUACUGAACUAUYCCAUGUGAUGAAAGUAAAAUACCAGUGAGAAAGUAAAAGUAAUGAGGAAUAAUAAAGCUGCAAAUGGAAAUCAGUAGGGAGAUAGAAAAGUUUUUUUCUAUGAAAGCACAAAAUCUCAUAUCAGAUUUCAUUCUGCAGAGCCUGUCUGAUCUGGGUGAUUUGUAUGGGUUCACAAAUGCAUUUGACACAUGGGAGUGYGUAAGUGGGAGAAAAAAAAUUCCACACUGAGGAUCUUAAGAGAACAACUGCAUCAUCACCUUGAUGUUUCAGUGUUGUGGCAGGUUUGAAAAAAAAAAGCCAAACAACUAAAUUAGAAACACACUUUUGCUGCUGGGUUUGCAAUCAUUUUAUUCUGUUAGUCCCCUGUCUGUAAUCUUGGAAAGUUUUGCUUUAAAUCUCAGUCAAUCAAUUCUCAUUAACUUAAAUAAUCUGAAUAUCUCACAGAAGUGAUUAAUAUUUCUACUUCUUUGCAAUGAAAACUCUCCAAAGCACAGGACUUAAAUGUUCGUAUUGCUGAAAACUGUUUAAGUCUUCCAUAAUGUCAUUGACCUCACCAAGGCAGGUGUGAGAUUUUUCUGGCAAAGAAAGAAGUAAAAAAAUCACAAAAGUAAGCUUGAGAUGUAAAUGCAAAAUUCACUUUCUUUUUAUUCUCCUGUGGGUUUUUUUCUGAAAAACUUAUGAUGYUGAUUCCUGGAAGUGUGCGUAAAUAUUAAUCAAGUCAGUAAUUGUAAUAAUGAAAACAAACUGCCUGGUCCAGCUUCCAGGAAAGUGUACAAAGCUCAGAUUCCUCAAAACACAAACUAAAUCAUACUUUCCAAAUCAGUCCUUAAAAUCUUGAGCAAGGCUCCUCAUCUUUGCUCACAGAUGAUUUGGUGGUUAUAUGCUCACUUUUGUGCCUAUGAAAUCCCCAACUCAUACAUCUCUGACAUCCAGAUGUAACUGAGAUGUGUUGUAGCUCAGGUUCAGAUGGGGGCCACUGCCUUAUGCCUUCCCUUGCCAAAACAUAGGAUGCACAGAACCUACGAUGUGUCUGCAAAUGAGGACUUGGGCUGUUUUGCCCUAAUCCAGAUGCAGCCACUGUCAAAGGGUGCUAAAACCAUCUAAAAUACAUGGAAUAUGUCUGAGGCUGUGACGCUGUCUGCACUCCAUGCAGUCACCCAGCCUGUUCACAGAGCUCUGUCCGAGCUCUUGCCUGGCCUGUUUGACCCAGGACCUGCUUGACCACACUGAUGACCCCACAGUGCUGAAUGCACAAUCCUGCACUCCUUGCCCAUGCAUUACAGGAAGGCAUUGCCCAAAAGCACCCUUCAAACCCAAMCUUUGGCAGGAAAGCAAGCCUAAUUUGUAAACUCUAAUCGAUUUUGAAGCCUGAUGCUUUCCAGAGAAUUUUCCAUGACAGCAAUGAAGUAGAAAAUUGCUAUUGCGCCCCAUGCCUAUUAACAGCCCUUUCUCUGAUUCCAGCCAGCAAUUGAAAUGGUAUUAAAUAUUAUUUAUAUAUGCCCUCUCCAGAAAUCUCUGUAUGAAAAACUGUUCUGAGCAYGUACAUUGAAAAUGUUGUAUCCUCUGCUAGCACUGGAUCUCCAGAGCAGUCACGGUUUCUACCAAGUGCUACCUUGUUUGUGCUGACCAAGAUACAAAACUCAGACAUUUGAGGCUGUAAAUAAAGCUACUAGGCUAGCUAAAAAAACCAUCUAGUGACCACUGAAUAAUUUGGGGAGCUUUUAGAAUGGCGUUAUGCUUCUCCUUAAUCUGUUUUGCUGGAAUAGUUGAAGACCUCAGAGAGAAGAAAUGUCUCCAAGUAAUGGCCAUUGCUAGAUAGACAACUGGUGAUCUCUGCGUGCCAGAAGAAAUAGUAUUUUCUCUUCAGUUGCUCUAGACCUCAGGAGUUUGUUACAUCUGACCUCCUCUUCAGCAUUAAAUAGGAAAUGUUUUGCUUUGAUGUGAGUGCAUACACAUCUCAUUAGCACUAAAGAGAUUUGAAAAGUGAGUUCAUGUACAAUAAUUCUUUUAACUUGUGUUGACAAGAGAGUACAUUGUCCUCUUUUCUUCAGGAAAAAAACCCAAAACCAAACUGCUGUGUGACAGAGAUUCUCAGAGCAAACAAAGCCUUUUGGAAUCCCAAAAAGAUUACAGAAAGAUUACAGACUGAAACGAAAUUAUCCACCGUAGGAAACAGGAGAAAUAGUUCUGCCUUUCAAGAAAUGUUGGUAUAAAACCCCCAAAAAACAUGUCUUUGCCCAGCAUCAUAGAUAUCUUUCAAGUUAUAGGUUAUGUACCCAGCUGGCUAUAAGAGCUGCUUUUGGAGACUUUACUACCCCUUGGACAGUAUCAUUUGUUAGUCUGCAGCUGAAAAUACAUUUGCCCAGAGAACCUUAUAUCAGCUUCUUCCAGAAUCACUGGGGGCUGUUGAAGAUAUUCUUAGCAGUUCCCAGAUCACUGACCUGCUCUGAGCCAUUACAAUUUUAUUGCAUUAAUUUAUCUGUCAGUGGUUGGCAACUCUCGGAAACCAGUUUAUUAAAAUACUACAGAUAAUAUUUCUGGUGCAGGCAACAUGGUUCAUUGAGAAACCAAUCUUACUACUUCUGUUGUAUUUAGAAAGAAGAUAUCUAUUGGUUAUAAUGGAAUAUAAGCAGGUUAGUUUUAGGUUUUGGGUAACUGGCAUAUUUUGGGCGUAAAGGAUUUUGACUUGUACAUAUCUGUUUAAGAAUUGUGGGGUCAUGUUGUACUUGUUAAAUGAUAAAACAAAACAAGGAUUCUUGAAUUUAAGAAAAGAAAAGCAAGCAAUGAAGCAGGACGGAAUAAUCUGUCAURCAGCUGGGUUUUUUAUUAUCUCUUGCCUAUCCAAUUUAAAAAAUUAUUAUGUUGCUGCCAGAGAGUUACCAGUAGAUCUGGAAAACAAAGAAUAUAUAUCAGGAAUACACCAAUUCAAACUACAGCCUAAAUGGCACCUCUGUUCCCUAAGCUGCUUCAGCAAUUGCCAGAUUUUACCUCACUGUACCUGUGAGUUAACAACCCCCACCCUGGUAGAGCGUGAAUARAAUUGUAUUGAUCAUCUUAGGGUACAGCAUCCUAGUGGAGCAGCAGGAGAUAUUAGGUUUUCAAAAGGCAGCCUGAUACCUCGAUUCAGUAGAGGAGCAUGUGGGUUUGGCAUAAUGAGAGCAGUCCAGGACUGAUGACACAGGAGCAAGGGCUUGCCAUCCUGCUCUGCCAGACAGAAUUUUGACAGCGGCCGUCAGCACUGUUCAGUUUCAUGUCCCUGGCUGUGGAAGGAGGCUCCCCCCAGGCUGAUUUGCUCUAGCUGAGAUUUGAGCCCUGGAAGUGGUUUUUUCCUCUUCAUUAAAUACAGAAAAAGCUGCUAAAUUAAAACCCCUCAGUGACAGGUUAAUGGUAGGUGGUGGGUGCUGAUGCUCCAGGAAAAGGUACAGGAAAUACUAUUAUAGAUAGAAUGCUAGUCAUGAUGGUCUCUGUUCAAUCCUCAGGAGGUAGAAAUUCAUUGUAGAGCUGAAGUGGGAGUUUUUCUGUUCCUUUUCAAGUAAAUGUCAGGUGUUGUCUUUAGUCUUCUGGAUUUUGGGGAUGAGCCUAUUCUGUGCCUUACUGAAUUCUAAUGGCAUUCUGGCUUCAGAGCCAUUUACAGCAGUGAGUGCCACAUUAUUUCUACAAGUGKUGUGAAAACCCCCUGGAUUGGUUUUGAAUCAGAAACUUUUUGUUUGSGAAGUGGGGAUAGUUUGAUUUUCCUUUUUUUGGCCUCUUUGUGUUAAAUCCAAGGAAGCAGAAAGACCAGCACUACCUUUUCCAGGCCAUGUUUCACCUUUCCUUCUUUUAUGAAAGCAGAGAUUUGGCUUAAUUUCCUUCCUAAAGUAAAUUAUCCCAGUUUUUUAUUCUUCUUUUCCUGUUGCASUUCUUCCACAGCCUAGGCCAUUCCUGUCACCCAAAGUGUUUCAGUGGCAGUUCUUCCUCAGCACCUAGAGCAAAAUAUCUCGUCCAGUUGCAAGAAAUUUAAAAUUCAAAGCAUUUUUCCCCCAUUGAAGUUCCUCCUGCAGAUGCUCUGCCUAUUUCUGUUGAUCCCUGUGUCAAACCAGCCUUCAUCACUAUCUGAGGGGACUCUAGUCCUGGCCAGCCGUCUCUUCCAAAUCUGCUGACCAUGUCCUGUCCUCAUCUGCCUUAGGUUUUGGCUCAGGGACUGCCCUUAAUAUUCACAUCUGCAGACAGGAGUGUGAGGGUGUCACUUAACAAACAAUUAUUAAUACCAAAAGCUUCUCCAUUAGCAUCAUUCAGAGCCUGCCCAGAGUCUUUUUUCCUUCUCUCCAAGCAGGUUUUGGUGUGUAAUCCAAUUACAGUGUGCAGAAAACUGUCCCUCAGUCAGUGCAGAGGGCUGUUACCCUCGCACUGUCACUGCUGGGGUAAGAGCUCCCAGGUGCUGCUCUGUGCCCUUGAACUGCCAGCAGUGUUUCAAUGUCGUUGUAAUACACCCUAAAUAAACCAGGACCCUUUUUUUUUCUGACCUGGCAGGGGGGAGGGGGAGGUGGGAAAGAAAAUGAAAAUGRUCGCUUUUAACAAACUGAUUUCACAACUCAUUUAUCAAGCCUUAUAGCAAGCCAUUUAUUUUAGCUGUGUUUUGCUGCAUGAAAAGCUGUGUGUGAAAAGGGAGAGGUGAUUUUGGAGAGUGGGCUGCAGUGCCACUGCCCUCAGCAGCGCUGGGCUGGGAGGCUCCCACUACAACUCAGGGCUAGGAGCUGAUAUUUCUCCUGAAGUGACUCCCACCUUCAAAAUCAAAUUAUUUCUUUUGUCAAGUAUAAUAAGCACUGAACUCCCCGGACUUUGUUUCACUGCAGAUGUGAAUGAAUGCCUCUGUGCUGUACUUUCCAUUGCCAUGAAAUAAAUGUAUAUAUGUGUCUAUAUAUAUGUGUGUAUAUAUAUACAUAUAUAUGUAAUGGGGAGCAUUAUUAUUGUUCUACUUUAAGAAAGGUGACAUUCCACUUCAAUGUAACUUUCAAGUGCAGYUUUUAAGAGAAACUGUGUCUUAAAGGGGAAUUGGAAGAGUAUAGAAGUAYAUGUUUUAAUGAGCUUUAAUGAAAUUUAAUAAGCUUUGAGUUUGGGUUUCAGCCUCUAGGGUUAAAAGCACCCAAAAUGAUUUCUUUCCCAUCACAUUCCCAGAUCAAACUCUGUGAGAAUUUAACCUGGGAGCCAUUGCUUGAGCCCUGGCCAUUCCUCAAGGUAUUUGGGUGUUGSAUGUGCUAAGCGUGUGUCCUGAAACACCAGCCUCUGUUUUGUUCRUGGGCUUGACUGGAAGGCAAAAGAUACACCUUACCCUGAUAGUGAUUUUUGCCUCAGCAGAGGUUUUCCCUUUGAUCAGUGUGACUCUUUCCGGUUUGUUUUCCCUUGUAAUUUGUGUCAACUGAGUUUAUCGGGUGAUUCCAGGAGGGCACGCUCCAUCUGCCAUCAGAGCUUCCCUGCCAGCAGCACCGUUUCUCAUUUGUUUACCUGACAGCACAGGACCACUGUGAAGCAAUCACACGAGCAAUAAUGCAGGUGUUGCGUUUUUCUGUCAUUGCCUUUCGUAAGAAAUAACUCUCCAUUGGCACUGAGAGGUGGUAGGAGCCCCAGAAGCUGCGCUGUUGUUUACUGGCAAAAUAACCCAUGUCCAGUGUUCCUGCAGAGGACCUGUCCUCACUCCUCACAGCACUGGGCUGUCUUGGGCCCAAUUCAAUCCACAAACUUGGAUUUUAAACAGUUUUGGGUCCUUUCACCAACACUCCAUCAAUCUCGCUUCCAUCAGGUUUUUUGUGCUUUUGUUUAGUUUCAAGCUAGAAGAAAGUUUAAAGAAAUGUGCUAAGACUGCCAUAUAGGGUGAGYAAAUACCCAUAUAUUUCACAAAAAUUGCAGAAAAAUGAAGGGCUUUGCUCCCACAUUGAACAGAAUUAAUAAGAAGUUCUGACUGAUAAAUUAAAUAGUUAUUAAAAACAGCCUGGAGCAAAGUUCCUGCAAUCCAACUGUUCUCUGCUUUUAAUUUAAAAAUCAGCAAAUACUGAGGUACAUUUUGCCACCUUCUUUUAGAAGUGACCUGAAACUAAAAUAUGAAUCCUCCAUAACAGGAGGUUUAUUGAUGUGAAUGUAAACUUCACCAGCAUGUCCCAUUUAGUUCACCCUCCUCUGGGCCCAAGGAAAACCAAAGGCUUUUCACAAGAGAAACUCAUGUUAUGAAUGGUUUUAAAAUUCUUCAGAGCUCCUAUCCACUUCCAAAUGUCAGUAAUGGGGAGGAUCAGAAACCUUCUUGUGAACCCUGUCAUUUUGCAUGUUGAAAUCCUGGCUUGAAUUCAGGUCUCCACCUCAGUUCCUUGUAAAUGUUAAUAUUCAAGUAGAACAAAAACCUUAGAGGCAAUUAUAGCAUGAAACAUCUCUUCUUGUUUAUGUAUAGUAGCUGAUAGCAAAGUCUGCAAUAAUAAUCUGUGUUUAUACAUGUGCUGUUCAAUGUAACAGUUGGGUACAAAAUACCUUUUAGCUGUCACAAGAAAAUAACUGGAUUGAUGUAACUUUUUGCUUGUAUGAAUAUAAUUAUUUGCCUUGCGGGGACCAGUUCCACUUUUGUCAUGUUAUUUAUGGUUUUUAAAUACAAUUGUGAUAAAUUAGGCUCGUUUCUAAGGUAAACARUACCGGAGCCAAGCAGCUGUCUCCGUACAUGUGCAUGUUAUCACAGCUGAUAUCAAAUCCAAGUCAGACUCCUUGUCUUGCUUGGACCUUUCUUUAACCUUUCAGGCUUAUUCAGGGAAAUGCGGACCACUCUAUUUUCUUAUUAAAAAUAUGGCUUUGUGAAAAGCUGAACUUAUUUUUUAAAUCCUUUCUUUUCUGGUUCAGAAAGACUGUAACAAUCAUAUUUUUCUAAACUGCCUAUUGCUUGCAUUGGGGAAAUGAUAUAGAGAUAUAUAUUUUGCUCUACAGAUUUCCAUGUACUUUUGGAACUCUUUCGUUUUCGUAGAUAAAUCCUCCUAUUUGCUAGAAUUAGCUAAACAAGCUGUAAGCUUCUGUAUACUGACUCUGUGAAAUUCUAUAACAAUUCAGCUGCAUAAAAAGACUGACUUUAUUUUUUAUGUAAAUUGUUAGAGCUCAGUCAUCCUUAGUGUUAUACCAUACAAGAUGUACAGAAAGAAAUCAGGUCAUUGUUUCGAGRGGCUGGACAGCGUUAUGUCACACUUCCUAAAAAAGUCCCAACUGAAAGCCAGGAGAAUUUAUGCUAAAAAUGGUACUGCUUUGGGCCCUGAGUCUGUAGUUUUUUCACACUGUUUAGAACCUUAUUUCAAAAUUAGUCCCAUAAGACUUCGUGGAAAAUACUAARAGCCUAUGGCGUGUGAAUGGCUAUGAUAGACUAAGGGUCUUUUCUAAUGAAGAACAGGGCCUUUUAAGUAGUUAAGAGGCUAUGUUUUGAGUAUUUCAGGGCAACUUUUUGUGUUCUUUUCUGAGCUGUGGACUCCUCCUGUGUAUUGUGGAUUUAUUCCAUAGCUGAAAUGCCAGAUUAAAUUGAUUAAAGCCCCAUGAGCAGAUGAACAUAAUAGAAAGCUGCAGUGAAAUAUUGCAGAAAAUGGCCUGAUUUCAUUCUUCACAGCAAUAGUUAAAGUAAAUCACAGCCUUGGCUUCUUUGCACCUGUGAAGCAGAGGCCCUUGUUUUGUACCUCAGCUGUGGUGUAACAUGGAAGGAUUUCUGCUCUCUGCUUGGAAAAUACUGUCUAUUCCUCAUCCUUGUCAAAGCAUUAUAUUUUCUCAAGUUAAAAAAUCUGAUUCUUCAAGACUCAUUGGGGAGUUAAGGGGCAGCUGKAGCCUUCUGUGAUCCAGCCACAUUAUUCCAAAAGUUUACCCCUCGAUGACAAAUAAAAUAUGAUGUGACUUUGCUGUUUGCAAGUAGGAUAAAGACACUGGAAAUUCAUCACCCCAAACCCUUGCCUUGUGACUGUUCUGUAAUGCUCCACUGUUACCAAUGAACUGUGUUGAAUUGGAUUAUAAAAWCAGAGUAUUUUAUUGCAUGUGUCCUUUUUUUUAAAUGAAAAUAUAGUUGUAUUUGAUGUUGCAGUUAUAAUGUAGUAAAUAAACAUGUGCAUUCCUUUUUAAGGGCUUUUAGAUUAUUUUGGGUGGUGGUUGCACAUUUUGGCUGUGCUUGGUUCUUACCAUCAGAGUAUUUGGGCUGACCUAGAAAUAACCAGAGUAAGUGAAGCAAGGAUAAAAUUUGCUGCUGCCUGCCUUUGUGCUCAGGUAUCAUUGGAACAUGGCUGUGCUCAAUGUAGCUACUUCAUUCUUCUCCUUGGAGAUUUAAUAGAAAAUGUCAGC